AUGUCAACAACUACGUCGCCGAGAGACUCUGACACCCUCGCGCCGGAUGUUACGGCGGCCACGAAUCUUGGCCAAGGGCUUUCCUACGAGCUUGUGUCAAAACCAAAGUUUCAGGCGUACCGCAUUGUAAGGCCCGGUUCUCAGGCCGACUCUGUAUACUACAUUGAGACCCACGAGACUCUCUCGAAAAACAAAUUUGACCUCCUACUUCACAAAGGAGACUCUAAGGACGGAGAAGUCCUUGGGGUUGUGAAAAUGCACCGUCGCGGCUUCACUAUUGGGCUUGGCGACCCAGCCAGAGAGAUAGAGGGCAAGCCAAUGGUGUGGGAGAAAUUGGAACGGCCGGAGAAGCAUGGUCACAAAGUGUACCAUUUUGAUUUCGGAACUGGCGCACAGAGGAUGACAUACACAUACCGAAAAUCAUAUGGUGUACUAGGGAGGCUGAAGAGCAUGGAACUCCGCGCUGGAGGCGUUGAUAAAGAGGAUGGACUGCUCCUGGCAAAGUGGGUAGGAAGCAGCUCUUGGAUGAUGAAGGCCGGCAGCUUGUUCAUUGCAAACACGGCAAAGAGCAGACAAGAUCGCAAUGCACAUCUUGACGAAGAUACUAAUAAAUGGGAGAUAAUGGUUUGUUUGACCGCGUUUGCAAUUAUUGAGAGUCGGUACAGAGGGAGUAACGCGUAA